AACCGCGCCAAACAAAGCUUCAUGCGUAAAAGAGAGACUGGAGAACGGGAUAAAGUUUAGUUUUUCUGAGGUUUGAGGUUUUGUAGAAGCUGAAAGUGUGUAAUUUCAACGCUCUGGAGACAUCUUCAGAGCCGAGGUGUUUGUUUGGAGCGGAAACGCUGAAGCUGCUGUGAAGAAUAAACAAAGAAGAAAAUGCCGGUUUUUAAAUUUUAAAGUCCGAAGAGCGAGAGGAAAGCUCAAAACGAUGCUUCUACAUUCCUGUGCUGGUUAAGAAGAAAGAGUAGACGAUCGAUGGAGGGACGACAUCGAGAAAGGAGAGAGGAGGGAGAGGAGGAGACGAUACAUGAGCAGGAGAGAGAAAGAGGGGAACAGAGGGAUGGUUCUCUUAAACCUAAAUUGGGGACAAAGAUGGAGGAGGAAGAUGAGGGAAAGGAAACAGAAUUGAUGAAGGCUUCUCCCAGAGAUGAAGCUCAAAGUCAGCUGAUUAAUGGACACACCCCAAUCUCUGCCUCUUCCUCUUUCACCUCUUUUCCCUUCAUCUCCUCGCCUCAUCAAGGAAGGGAGGGCGAGGAUGAAGAGGAGGUCAGAGUCGCCAUCCUAACUGUUGAGGAUGAGUCCUGUCCUUCAGAGCCCUUUGGCACCACCCAGUUUGAACCAACCAAUGAGGAUAAUGGACAGGCAGAGAGUGGAGGGGAGGGGAAGGAGGAUGGAGAGAUGGAAGGAGAGGAGGAGGCGGCAGAAGAAGAAAAUGAGGAGGAGGCGGCAAAUGCUGAGGAGAGAGAGGAGGAAGGGGAGCUGGCGUCACCUGAGGCUCAUCUGCAACUUAAG